AGGUACAGUUGCCCAGUUGAGGCCAUGAAGCCUUGGUUGAUCAUUUUAUUACCUCUAAUCUUCAGAGUCAAAGCUUUGUCGAAGAGUAACGUCCCAGCAAUCAAUGACAUCGAAUUUAUCCAUGAAUGUGUGGAGAUGCACAAUUUGCUUCGGACGCAGCUUACGCCACCCGCAGCCAAUGCCCAGUUCAUAACUUGGGAUGAGGGUUUGGCAAAGACUGCCAAAGCCUGGGCAAAGAAAUGUGUUCCUGGUAGUAAUACUCAUUUAGAACAAUUGAGAAAAUCUCAUCCUGUUUUUAAUGGCCUUGGUGAAAAUAUAUGGACAGGACCUGAUAAUGAAUAUUCUGCGACUCUUGCUAUCAGAAGUUGGUUCAGUGAAUCCAAGUUCUACAAUUAUGAAAAUAACACAUGUUCAGGCAUGUGUUCUCAUUAUAUUCAGCUUGUUUGGGACACUACCUAUAAAAUUGGCUGUGCUGUUAUUGAAUGCCCUAGUAUUGGAACUGUUCUGAAUGCAGCACAUUUCAUAUGUAACUAUGCACUGAGUGGGAAUCCUGGGAGAAGGCCUUAUCAAGCAGGAAGAUUUUGUAGCAAAUGUGACAAGGAAGAUAAAUGCCAGGAUAUGCUAUGCAGUAACAAUGAGCGGGAGAGAAUUGCACAUUAUCCUUACUGGUAUCCAGAGUGGGAAGUACCUCGACCAAUUGUGUGUGAUCCCCUAUGUAUAUUUUGUUUAGUUUUCAGACUCUUUUUAUUAGUAGUGGCUGUUGCUAUAGUUUUCUUAUUACAGCAUAAGUUUCCAAAUAUACGAUUAGAAAAAGAUCUAUUGUUGGCUGAAAUAUUAGCACAAAAAACAUCUGAGAAAGAUGUAGAGUCAGAGAGUGAUAGCAUCAAAUCAGUUGUAACCCCUCAAAAUGUGAAGCAACUAGCCAAACCCUGA